AUGUUUUUGAGAAAAACUACGUCCGAUACAGGUUUACAUAUUCAGGAUAUUGAUGCCAAAGAUAAAUACAACUUUGUCAAGGAAAUUGGAAAAGGCAGCUACGGUGCAGUAUGGCUUGUUCAACCACUGCGUUCUAAGCAAAUAAACAAACAGUUUGUUUUGAAACGAUUAGAUCUGAAACAGCAAAAUAAUGCACUACAAACCGAAUUAGAGGGAGCUGAGCGGGAAGCUGAACUUCUUUCGUCGCUCAAACAUCCAAAUAUUGUCUCUUAUGUAGAAUCAUUUCGUUCGACUGAUGGUUACUUAAAUAUAGUUAUGAGUUAUUGUGAAGGUGGGGAUUUGCAUACAAAAUUGAAAGAACAGAAAACGAAAGAACAAAUAUUAAAUGAGAAUCAGAUUGUUGAAUGGUUGAUACAAAUAUGUAUGGCAUUGCAAUAUAUGCAUGACAAAAACGUUUUACAUCGCGAUUUGAAAACACAAAAUAUAUUUUUAACAAAAAAUGAUAUAGUGAAAGUGGGAGAUCUAGGCAUCGCGAGAAUAUUGGAUAAUUCUAACGACAUGGCUACAACAAUCAUUGGCACACCGUGA